GCCGCACUGAUUAGACGUCUGCUGCAGCUGGAUCACGGACGGCCGGACGCGCGCCCAGUCGUCUUAGCUGCACAUGGACCCCGUGAAACUUGCCGUCGCGCUGUUAUGCGCUUUGCUAGCCGUGUCCACCGUAGUCGAGUCGGCACGACGCCGGAAACCUGUCAAAAUCCGGUUACGCAGGCCGAUGGCUGAUCAACCAAACCCUCAAAACGCCACAGUCAACGAGGACUACGACGACUACGGGGACGAAAAUGAAGACAAACAACCGGAUAGCGUGUUACAUAGAAAAUCAUUGUUGACAUUGCAUCAAGGCCGUGAGCCAUCGUCUACUGCAAGGGCGCCGGCCGAAGAUUAUCCCACGGAACCGGAUAGGCCUGACGAGGACCCCGAAGAGCCGGAAGAGGAUCACGAGAUACCGGGAGCAGCGGGUGGUCGACUUGUAGAAGAAGCAAAAGUACCUGAAACGUCUAACACUACGGAUGCAGAUCGAGUAGACAAUCGACUAAAAACGACAGAAAGAUAUGACGAGCGGUCUGAGAAUCAGCCGGAAACAACAGAGAGAUCCGAUGAGACUCCGGAGAGUGCAUCGGAAAAGACAGACAGUCCGGAAGAACGGCCGGUCAAGCCAUAUCUCACAGAGAGUCCUAUAGAACGUCAGGAAAUAAUCAAAGAGGCAGCCAUAAAUACUUAUGAAAUCACAGAACCACCGGAAGACCUCGACGGAUCCGUCGUUCGACCAGAAGCGAAAGAUAACGAAAUUGUAAAAGGGUUUCCUAAAAAACAGAACGUGUACGUUCCUCCAUUUCCGGUAGAAGAGUAUACCACGGAAUCACUCUUAAGUAACACCUCGGGUUAUGGACAACAAUCGGAGGUAAAAAUUAAGAGCGAGAGGCCAGCUGAGUACAAUGUCACUGAGAGUUCUAAAAACGAUUUAGACGAAGUAUCGAGUACGCAUAUUUCCACAUUCUACGCUCCCCAGACAACCCGGGGUCCACCUGGUUUACAAGGUGAACGUGGAAAGCAAGGACUAGACGGAGAAAGAGGUAUACCGGGUACACCAGGAGUUCCAGGAAUGCCUGGACCUCCAGGUCCCGUUCCGGACGUCAAUACCUAUUACCAGCAACUAGCUCAAGUACACGGAGGUCAAGAUAAGGGACCCACGGUCAAUGGGUAUCCUCCAGAACCGUUUCAUACUAUGCAAGCCCAAGUCGGUCCAAUGGGAGUGAGAGGACCUCCAGGAUCUCCUGGCCCUCCUGGUCCCCAAGGAUUCCAAGGACCACGUGGAGAAACAGGAGACAUAGGCUCGCCAGGGCAACCGGGCCCAGUUGGGCCUAGAGGUAUUCCGGGGUUACCAGGUAGAGAUGGAGAACGAGGUCAUGACGCGGAGCCAGGACAACCAGGUGCUGUUGGUCCAGCUGGUCCAAGAGGUUUGCCAGGAAUGCCAGGUUUACCAGGUAUAAAGGGUCAUCGUGGAUAUCCUGGAGUAGAUGGGGCUAAAGGUGAACAAGGAUCGGUUGGCGAAAAAGGUUCUAUUGGAUCUCCAGGCCAACCUGGAAUUACUGGUUCAGUUGGUCCAAUUGGUCCUAGAGGAGAACGAGGUAGAGAAGGACCUCCUGGGCCGGCCGGUAUACGAGGUGCUGAUGGGACUCCUGGUGCAAUUGGACCACCGGGAAAUAUUGGGAAACCUGGUCCACCUGGAUUUCCUGGAUCGGUAGGAGCAAAAGGUGAUUUAGGCUUACCCGGAGCAAAAGGUAGUGUUGGUAUGCAAGGUCCUAGAGGCGAGUCUGGAAAAACAGGCGAAUCUGGGGAAGCAGGUAUUCCUGGGAUGCCUGGAAAAGAUGGUUUGCCUGGAGAAAAAGGAAGUCCAGGAACUAGCGGACCUAUCGGUCCAUCCGGUUUUCCAGGUCCUCGAGGUCCUCCAGGUGAACCAGGAAGUGUUGGACCCCCUGGUAUAAAAGGAACUGAUGGAUUGAAUGGCGAACGAGGCUAUAAAGGCGAAGUAGGAAUUAAGGGUGAAAGUGGAGUUCCAGGACCAAGAGGAUUACCUGGCAUGGACGGUCCAGAAGGCAAACGUGGGAGGAAAGGCUCUGAAGGACCUCGUGGACUCACUGGAAUACAAGGGGAACGUGGUCUUCCAGGAGAACGUGGGUUACCUGGCCCAGAUGGAGUUCCUGGAAGCAAAGGAUCGCAAGGAGACCGAGGAUCGGAAGGUCCACCAGGAGUAAAAGGUGCUGUGGGUGAUACUGGAAGACCAGGAAUGCCAGGUCUUCAAGGGUUAAGUGGGCCAAUUGGCAAACCAGGACCCCCCGGAAAAACCGGGCCUCCAGGGGAACGAGGUAUACCUGGUGCUGAUGGAAAGGCUGGCGAGCCCGGACCGCCAGGGUUACAAGGUUUACCGGGGCCCAUUGGACCACCUGGCGAUAAAGGCCUUACGGGAGAACCAGGAACAGCCGGUGAAGUUGGGACACCUGGAGUUCAAGGUCCAAGAGGUGAUUCUGGAAAGCAAGGACCACCUGGCAAUCCCGGAAUACCUGGUAAGCCUGGUUUGGAUGGCGUAAGAGGAAUGACUGGGUCUCCAGGAUUAAUAGGCUCACAAGGUGUUCCUGGAGUUCCAGGAAAUUCAGGACCUCCGGGGAAAGACGGCGAACCGGGUCAACAAGGUCCUACAGGAAAACCCGGUGAAUCGGGGCCCCGAGGUGAACGUGGUUUCCCAGGAGAACGUGGUCCUAUUGGACAUCCAGGUUUACAAGGGUUUAAAGGAGAGCCUGGUACUGCUGGUCCAGAUGGUCCGACAGGGCCACAAGGAAUCCGAGGUGAUAAAGGUCAUUCGGGAUCUCCAGGGCUAGUAGGUUUACCAGGAUUAAGAGGUGAACAUGGUCUCCCUGGCGCCAAAGGAGAACGAGGUAGCACCGGAGCUCAAGGUCCUUCUGGUUCACCAGGUUCACCAGGUGAACGAGGUCUACAAGGAUUCGUUGGUCCGAUGGGUCCACCGGGUGAACCGGCUGAAAGAGGAGAAUCUGGAUCAGCAGGCCCUCCAGGAGAACCAGGAGCCCCAGGGGCCCCUGGCGAUAGAGGAUUGAUUGGACCUCAAGGUGUUCAAGGUUUCCCGGGUGCACCGGGACUAGUUGGCAUGUCAGGCGCAAAAGGUGACCGAGGAGAUGUGGGAAUGAAAGGAGAACAAGGAAAUCCUGGGCAUGCUGGAAAAAUAGGAGAGCCUGGUCUUCCUGGUGCCGAGGGCAUGGUGGGACCAAAAGGUAGUCGCGGUGAUCAAGGUAUUAAGGGAGAUAUGGGCUUAUUCGGGGCGCCUGGAAGAAAUGGAGAACGCGGUUCACCGGGUUAUCCUGGACCAACCGGGCCUGCAGGACCACCUGGACUGAUUGGACCUAAAGGAUGGUCGGGUGAACCUGGAAAACAAGGUUUGCCGGGUGCUAUAGGAGCACCAGGGUUACGAGGACCAGAUGGACCUAAAGGUGAAACAGGAAAUGACGGGGCAACAGGACCUCCUGGGCCAGCUGGACCCCAAGGGAUAACCGGGGAGAGAGGUUUGCCAGGCGUUCCAGGUAGUCAAGGUCCAAUGGGAAUGCGAGGACUACAAGGAACUUCAGGUGAAAAAGGUUCACCUGGCAAACCAGGAUCAGAUGGCUUACAGGGUUUACAAGGGUUAGCUGGGCCUUCAGGUGCACCCGGACCUCAAGGUGAACGAGGUCAAGACGGAGCAGUAGGUUUAAUAGGUACUCCAGGAAUCGCUGGAAGGCCAGGAGAUAAAGGUCCACCAGGAUCUCCCGGGAAUUUAGGUAAUCCCGGACCGCCUGGAAUGAUAGGUCCACAAGGUUUACCUGGUCCAACAGGUAAUGCAGGGGAACGAGGUUUACGAGGAGAAACCGGUCCUCAAGGUGUAGAAGGUCCUCCUGGAGAACGAGGAAAAUCAGGACCUCCUGGAAUUCAGGGUCCCAAAGGAGAUAGAGGCGAUGUUGGAGCCGAAGGAAUGAAAGGUCAUCGCGGGCUUAUGGGCUUGCAAGGUCUGCCAGGAGCACCGGGGCCUGAAGGCCAGAAAGGAGAUAUAGGUUUACCUGGUUAUCUAGGGCCUGCUGGUGAUCAAGGACCUAAAGGUAGCAGAGGCGAAGAUGGAAACCCGGGAUUGCCUGGUUCAGUUGGACCCCCUGGUCCAAGAGGUUUAACGGGUGAACGGGGAACGGACGGAUUACCGGGAGCUCCCGGAAUGCCAGGUCUUCCAGGACCACCAGGUGAAGCAUUGGCUUAUGACAUGGCCGCAUUGACCACCCUUUUGACACAAGGUCACAGCAAGGGACCAAACGAUGGACCCAAUCAAGACCAACCUGGAGAAAUGACAGAAGUCGAAAGACGUAAAUUAAUUUUAAGUGCGUACAAAAAAUUAAAAACAUCGUUUGAAAAGUUCAAAAAACCAAACGGCGAUAAAGAUUAUCCUGCCAAGACAUGCAAAGACCUAUUCGUCGCUUACCCUGAACUUGAAAGUGGAGAAUAUUGGGUUGAUCCCAAUGAAGGGGACAUUCGUGAUGCUGUAUUAGUGCGAUGCGAUAUGACUACUAAGAGUACUUGCGUUUUAUCACAACCAGACCACGUGGGUCCAAUCGAUUUUGGGAAUAGACAAGCCGAGGCUGAAGUUUGGCUAUCCGAAUUAGACAACAUGAAGAUUUCGUACAAAGCAGAUAGUAACCAAAUAGGGUUUCUACAAUUGCUGUCAGUAUCGGCUACACAGAAUAUUACGUAUCAUUGUAAAAAUUCAGUUGGGUAUUUUGAUAGUGAAACUAAAACGUUUAAGAAAGGGUUGAAAUUACUCGGAUGGAACGACGCAGAAAUUACGCCGAGAGGAAAUCAAAAAAUGAGAUACAUAGCAAUCGAAGAUCAGUGCAAGACUAAAAAAGAUAAAUGGGGUAAAACUACAAUAUCUUACACAACUGAUCGGCCGCACAGACUACCAAUCAUAGAUAUCGUUCUUAGAGAUUUUAACCAAGUCGGACAGAGUUUCAGCAUUCACUUAGGACCAGUGUGUUUUAAAUAAAAUAUUAUCUUUUUUAUUUUUUA